AUGUACUUUCACCCCGGUGUGUACUGUAUGUACAUGUACCGUAGAAAACGUAAUCCUUCGCACUGGACGCUGCGAGAAAGCGGCGCGGCCUUUCGCCUAGCGCUCGCAUCGAGAUGCGGCUCACGCCCGUCGCCCGGCGGCUGCGCUGUUCGAAUUUCACGGCAAGCUAAUCAAUCAAAUCUAGAAUAUCGAAUGGGAAGACACGUCUUAUUGGAAAUUCUAACGCGUACGACCACGGGCUGUGCGAUACUGGAUAGUGUUAUCAUUAUACCUGAGUUACGAUCGGAAAAUCUCAGAUUAUACGGGCCGCUGGUAUCCACUGUCACUCCGAUGUGCGUUGACGCUGUAUAUUUUAUUAGGACCCGCCACGAGGCAGACCGUCCUUGGCAUGUGCUGCUGAAUAUCUGCUUCAGACAGAUCUUAGGAACUGCACCAUCAUCAAUCCAGAAAUCACAGGAUUCCGCUUUCUUCCUCUUCAUCUCCACUCAUAAGUCAAACAAAAAGAUUUUCGAAAUACAAGCCGGCUCAUCUGCCCUCACCCAUCAGCUUGUAUGUAUGUACAUAUGGGAAAAGACAGGUGAGAGGGCUGGCCUCAAUCGAUGGCUCGCGAUUUUUGCUGCAAGGGAGGGCUGGUCGUUUGUUAUUAUUAUUAUCGAGGGAGGACUUGAGGACUUGAGGAGGAGAAUGAUAUGCCUCAAACGAGCGGCGAUAAAAAAUAAAAAGACCCCAUCGGCUCUGAUGAUCGAACUUCCUCUCCUCUCCUCUCUAGCAAAAAAAUAUCCGAUCUUUUCUACCCUCCUCUACCAAUCACACAACCCCCUCCGCAAAAACUUGCCUCCUCUUCUACUAGAAUUUCCCAGCUCUGUGAGUGGUCACACUCCCAUCCCCGCCAACAUUAUUACCAGCUAG